CAGGGCAUUGCCAUUCGCCAAGGAGAGUGCAGGGCACAUGAAGGCAACAGACGAGCGAGAUUCCAUUAUCCAUUGAGAGCUUGAGAGAUAGUACUGCGCUGCUGAAGAGGUCACGGCGGCAAUGGAGAGGGCACCGGCUCUGUGUCUUCUGAUCACCUUGCUGGCAUUCUACCUCUUGGUUCCCUCCAGUGCUGUACCUCUCCCAAGACUGCAAAAGAUGCCCAUGCAAGAGGCUGGCCCGAUGCCAUCGGUGAAAGGCAGCACUCUAGAGCCAAAGAUGGAAAUGAAGAGGUUUGUGCCGGAGGAUGACGAGUCCGUAAUCUCCGAGAGGAUGGCCUUCGAGACUCAGGACUACGGUCCCCCGGGGCCCAACAACCACCACAAGCCACCCGGUUGGAGAUGAUGCUGUUGCCUUGUUGGCUGAUGCUCAAGAAACGUGAUGUUUUUUUUAAAAAAAGAAAUGUGAUGUUUGGUGUGGUUAAUUAUUACAAUACAAUUAAUCAAUAUAGAUAGUUGUGUGGUUAACGGUGUAUGAAAAGUUUGUGAUUAAAAAUAAUCAUACCAUGUUUGGAA